AUGUCAUACCUUUCUUUUUCGUUUCUUAUUGUUCUCUAUAGCUUAAAUACCCGUGGUCCGAGGGCGAUUCUUUCCUCAGACUCUUACCCUCUGGACCACAAGCCUGUCGUUAUAGAGCUUCUUUUUGGCAUUCUCUCUGUGCCAGUCGCUUCGUUGUCACUGCGCUCAACAACAGUCCUGUUGUUAUAG